AUGAUGGGUUUUGCUUCAGUCUCUUGUCAGCUGCUGCUAGCUGCUGCGUCUGUUUCUGCCAAAUGGAUUGUUCCUGGUGCGCGAUGGAGGGCUACUGAUGGUACGCUUGUCAACGCUCAUGCUGGCGGCGUGACAGUGGACAAGGAGACGGGCAAGUUCUUUUUGUUCGGAGAGUACAAGAUUGAGGGUCAGGUCGAGGGCGGGGGUGUGAGUGUGUACAGCUCAGACGAUUUAGCAACAUGGACGCCAGAGGGCAUGGCUUUGUCACCAAUUGAGGGCCACCCUUACAUCUCGACCGAGCACAUUAUCCAGAGACCCAAGGUUACUUUCUCUGAGCAGACGGGAAAGUACCACAUGUUCUGGCACGCCGAUAACUCGACCUACGGCUGGCUUCUUCAGGGUUUCGCGCAGGCGGACAACAUCACUGGGCCUUACUCCUUUGUCGAUGCAACUCUCCCACUCGGCAACUGGUCCCAGGAUUACGGCCUCUUCGUCGACCGCAAAGAUGGCAGAGCCUAUGCUCUGUACUCCAAUGGCGACCGUCGCGAAGGACGCGAUGUAUACCUCAGCUCCUACAACGACAACAUCACUGCUCUUGACAAGGUCGUUCACCGAUGGGACAAAUACGACCUCGAAGCUCCGACCAUCAUCCAGACCGAGAAGAGCUACUUCGCGCUAAUGAGCCACAAGACUGGGUACCGACCCAAUAAUGUCGUUGCGUUCCGUGCCGACAAGCUCGAGGGACCCUGGUCGCAGCCUUUCAUCGUCGCUCCCCUCAACACGCGCACCUACAACUCGCAAUCCGGCUUCUCGCUCCGCAUCAAUGGCACUAAGAAGACAACCUACCUCUACCUCGGUGACCAGUGGGACUCGAUCAGCCUGUGGGAGUCGCGCUACAUCUGGCUGCCUGUGGAGAUUGACGAAGCCAAGAAGUCGCUCGAGGUCAAGUGGCACGACGUGUACGACCUGGACGUCAAGACGGGCGAAGUGCGCGCCAUCAAGGGCAAAACCUACUACGGCAAAGACGCGACCCUGACGGGCACCGCCUUCAAGCAAGAAGCUGCUUUCGGCAGCCACGAAAUCAUCCUGACGGGCAUCGUCGGCAACGACAGCAAAGUCACCUUUUCCGGUAUCCAGGGCGAGGGCAAGCCGCAGUGGGUCUCCUUCUACUACCAGAACACAGACGACAUGGGCUUCGGCGAUCAGCCCGGUGGCAGCCCGGACCGCAUUGGCGGUUCAUGGCAGCUGCGGCGCAUCGCGAGCGUCAUUGUCAACGGCAGGACGGAGCAGGUCGAGAGCCUGUACCAGCGGGAUACGCACAAGGGUAUCAUUCUGAGCACGCCGCUGCAGUUGCAUCUCGACAAGGGCAGGAACAACACGAUUGAGAUUGGUGGGUUGUUCAACAACCAGACCUAUAAGGGUGCGGAUAUCGACCGUAUUGUUGUCUACCCGCCUGAAGAGUAG